AAUAUCUUGGCAUGUCUCUUACGACUUUGAACCAAAAUGACACACGCGAAAGUUUCAACUUUUAACACCAAAUAAUAAAGUUCAAUAGUUAGUUCUCAAAUGAAAAAUAAUACUUUCGCAUCAAUUACGGGUUUUCAAAAUUCCUGCUAUACAAAUCCAGCAUGCACAGUAAAUGACGAGGUUACACAACCGCAUGCCAUCCGGUCCCAACUAUUGCCAACACAACAUUGUUUCAUCGUGGUUCCAAACGAAACAUAUGCCAGUUCUUGGGUACAUUGAAAAUCUCUGACGUAGGCCUUAUAAGUCAAUAAUUUAGAAACAAUAAUUACAAAAUCGCGGCAAGUAAUAUUAUAGGAGUGUUGUGUAGUGGACUCACGAGAGGUACCUUUUUGCAAUGUCGCAAACUGCGGUCGCAAAAUAGCUCCAAUAAAUGUGAAGAGCAAACUUCGGUAAAACUGCUACAAAUAGUGCUGAGUACUUGCAUUAAGGUUUUGACUUUUAAGGCGAGUGAAAUAAAUAACAUUUGUGGAAACUUGUAACCUCGCCUUCAGUAACAGUGUUUGGGACCUGUAGUAAUGGUCAGCUUACCUCUACUGGAUAUUUUCCACUGUUUGCUUGGACCUUGGACAGUGGUCGGCGUCGAUUACGUAUUUGCGGCGCAGACAAGAUAAAAUUCACGUAUGAAUUUCCCUUUCAACUCGUGCUGUCAUACGUGGCAGAAGGAACCAUAAAUGGUAAGUCAGUCACGGAAGUGACUAAUAGUGUGGCAUCAAUCUUGGCGUUUUUAUUUUGAUUACUUUAUCUGGCAAUUGUCAAUGUGUUCGUGAGCGCGUACAUGUCGUGUUAUGUGCUGGUUAUGUGUUUGUGGGGUGCUGUGGAUGUAUCGUACAAAAGUUGGCAAUGCAUGUGUUAUGGAAGACAGCACAUUGGAGCACAUUAUGGCUUCGCGGCUGUCAAUGAAGGUACCGGGCUUUUUAAUUGCGAUGGACGAUUUCAUGCUGGAGAUUGUGUAAAUGAACGCAUACAUACGAUGACGUAGCCAAUUAAUUAUUUUGUUGUAAUGGAAGUUUUGGACUGUUCCAUUGUAGAGUGGAAUAUUACAAACAAAGGAUUUCAGGAUGAUGCAUCAUGAUGUAAUCCACAUGUAAUGUGAUGUAAAGAAGGCAUCACAAUUUAAGGUCUUACUAAUUGUUAAAUUGCAACACUAUGGCUGCAGUUAUUAAUCAAGUUCAAAGCGAUACUGAAACUACUUCAGAGUCAUCAGUUGUAAAUUCACUUUCAGUCGCCAACAUGGAUUGCUCCAUAAUUCGCGGAAAAACUGUUUUAGUGAGCCCUAAUGAACAGCAGUUUGAUCUUCUUCUUCAAAAACUGGCUGAUAGAUUGAAUGAUGGGCGAGGAGAAACAAUAUAUGAUGUGGGAUAUGGAGAUGAUGACUGUGAGAGUGGCUUGAAGCAAGAAGAGUAUGAAUCCUCUGUGGCAACAUUGCAAGCCCUUUCAUCAGCAUUAAAUGCUGAUUGUGUGCUUCUUCGCUUGAGAAAAGGGGAAGAUGGUGUUACAGGUCAAUUCCUUGUUAGAAGAAGAAUUGAUCAGCAAGAUUUCUUGGAAAUCAGAGUUGCUGUUGUUGGUAAUGUUGAUGCCGGUAAGUCCACUCUGUUGGGUGUCCUGACUCAUGGAGAAUUAGAUAAUGGCCGAGGACAUGCUCGUCAAAGAUUAUUCAGGCACAAGCACGAGAUGGAAUCUGGUAGAACCAGCUCUGUAGGAAAUGAUAUUUUGGGUUUUGACAGUACUGGAAAUGUAGUCAACAAACCUGAACAUGGUUCUCUUGACUGGGUAAAAAUAUGUGAGAAAUCAUCCAAAGUUAUCACUUUUAUUGAUUUGGCUGGUCACGAACGAUAUCUCAAGACAACAGUGUUUGGUAUGACUGGACAUGCCCCAGAUUUUGGAAUGUUGAUGGUGGGAGCGAAUGCUGGCAUUGUUGGAAUGACUAAAGAGCAUUUGGGAUUGGCCUUGGCUCUGAAUGUUCCAGUAUUUGUUGUGGUCACCAAAAUUGACAUGUGUCCUCCAAACGUACUUCAGGAUACUUUACGACUCCUUGUACGUAUUUUAAAGUCUCCUGGGUGUCGUAAAGUGCCAGUCAUGGUAAAAAGCCCUGAUGAUGUUGUUAUAAGUGCAACUAAUUUUGUGUCUGAGAGAUUGUGUCCAAUAUUCCAAGUUUCUAAUGUAAAUGGCGAAAAUUUGGACCUGUUAAAAAUGUUUCUGAAUCUCUUAACUACAAGAAUUGCAACUCAUGAUGAUGAACCAGCUGAAUUUCAAAUUGAUGAUACGUACUCUGUGCCUGGUGUUGGUACUGUUGUAUCAGGAACAACAUUGAAGGGAGUAAUACGACUAAAUGAUACGCUACUACUGGGUCCUGACCCUCUGGGUCAUUUUAUCCCCAUUGCAGUGAAGAGUAUUCACAGGAAGCGAAUGGUUGUUCGAGAAGUUCGAGGAGGUCAGACUGCCUCCUUUGCUCUUAAGAAGAUUAAAAGAUCACAGAUUAGAAAAGGAAUGGUGAUGAUAUCUCCUUCUUUAAACCCUACAGCUUGUUGGGAAUUUGAAGGUGAAAUUUUAGUUCUUCAUCAUCCAACAACUAUUAGCUCUCGCUACCAAGCAAUGGUGCAUUGUGGAAGUAUUCGACAGACUGCAUCAAUUCUGUCUAUGUCCCAAGAGUGUCUGCGAACUGGAGACAAAGCACUUGUACAUUUCCGUUUUAUAAAACAUCCAGAAUACAUUAAACCUGGGCAGCGAAUGGUAUUUCGUGAAGGACGUACUAAAGCUGUUGGUAAUGUUGUGCGGUUAAUUCCGCAAGCACAUCCAGGGGCCCAGGUCUCUCGUAGCAAGCCAAAUAAGAUGCAAGCAAAGCAGCAGAGCUCUUCUGUAUCACACACAUCUAUUCCUGCACAUACAUGUGCUCCUUCUGCAGCAACUCAGCAGUAUUCAGCUGGAAAUAAUGCAGAGCCAGGUUUUCCAUUUGAAUCUGCCCGUGAGAAUUCUGCACCACGCUCCGGCCGCAAGAGCAGAGGAAGGAGAGGAGGACGGGGUCGAACAACAGCAGCAACUGGUACUCCUCAGAAGAUCAUAAUUGAUUCAAGCAGUGUGGUUACUUCGCACAAUAAAAAACUGUAGUGUACAUAAAUAAUUUUUUAACAUUGAAAUUGGUAUGCUAUCUGGCAGAACAAUAAAAACAUAGAAAUAGAUGUUGUGAUAUUUUUUUGAGAAAAAGUUUGUGAAAAUGAAUGUGUGUAAUGAUCUCUGGAAGGUAUAAUACCUGAAUUGUCUUAAUAAAACUUGUUGCAGAUCUGGUUAUCACUAUUGAGAAUCUAAAGUUUUUCAUUACAGAACUGCUUUAGGUGGCAGAGGUCGUCUCCAUGUGAGGAAACUCUGAGGGAUUUGACCUUUUGUAAGUGUAUAAGAAAUGUUUGAACAGAACACAAACUGCAUGUAUUAACUGCUGCAUUUCCGCUUGUUUUGAGUUUGCGAAAUUUGAAAACCUUGCAAUUCAUUGCAUUGCAUUGCAUUGCAUUGCAUUGUUGCCCUUUAAGUAUUUUGUGAAAUUUUUCAGUCUGUCUAAAUUCGUUGAAAUGAAAACAUGUCAGUAAUGAUAUAAAUUUCAUGCCUUUUGAACUUGAAUUUUGUUUUUC